AUGCAAGAUCACAGAUCACUGUCAAUAUUAAUAAUGAAUCAGAAGAUGACUUCUGAGAUGUUUGAGCUGAAUAAAAUCAUUGCAGAAGAACAGUCUGACAAGUUCAACAUAUACAAAGACUCAGUUAAAGACAUCAUCAGUGAGAUGUCAGACAAUGCAGAGAGCUCAAGUGACUGGAAUGACAAUAGCUCAGUGAGUAAGAAGACUCACAUGAGACUAGAAAUUGCAAGACUUCAGCAUGAGAUUGAAGAGGAAAUCCUUUUGACUGCAGAGCAGUCUGAAACUGAUGAUAUUCUUGAAGAUAAUAGUCUUGAUGAGAAUGUCACUAUGAACAUGCAACAUUUCUGA